CCCAGUGAUGCCAAAGCAUAAUGAUACUGCCAGUUAGAGUUAUCCUUUUAUGGUAGAUAUCUUUGGUCACAGUAAUUUGGGCUAAAAACGCUCCAGUGUAGCCAUGGAGCGCAUGGAGAGCUAAUGAGGACGCGUGCGCGUUCCCGCGCCGGGUAUAACGCUGACGCACGAGUCGGGUGCGCGCCAGCGUGUUUGUAGUGUGUGUGUGUGUGUGUGGUUUGUCUGUGUAUCGAUUCACACUUUGGUGUAACUGAAAAAGGACGAAAUGGACGUGUAAGGGGGAAAAAGGCAGAAACUGAACCUGUUCAUCCUGAAGGCUCCUAUCUGAAAAGAAGAUACAAAGAUGAAUUACACCUACCUCGCGAAUACGUCUUAUAAUUGGUUCCAGAUCAUGCAAAGUGAAAGAAUGAAUUUCCUCCUCAUCCCUGCUGUUCUCCUCACUACCAUGACUCUGAUGAUAAACCCAUUAAUCCUCUUCUGCAUCUUCUGCAGUCCAUCUCUCCGACAGGAAACGCGUUACCUCCUCCUGGCCAAUACACUGCUAUCGGACGUCCUCUUCCUCAGCUUCAACCUCGCCAACAUCUCCUGUAAUGCGCUGGACAUGAAAAUUCCCUACAUAUUCUGUGAGUUCUUAAUGGUUGCCACUGUGACUACAUACUGUUCCUCAGUGUUAACUGUCACGCUGAUGGUCACUGAUACGUUUUUGGCUGUGCGUUGGCCACUGCGCUACAAUGAAAUCCUGCCCCCGACACGUGUAAAGAAGAUAGUCGGAGUUGUGUGGGCCCUAGCUAUGAUGUAUCCUCUCUCACUGCUGGUGAUGAUGGCGGUGGAUAAUCAGGGCAACCCAGAGAACCUGAGUGUGUGUCUCGUGCUGAUCAUUCUAGGAUUACAAAAAAAAUACAGCCUGCAUAUCUACUUCAGCGUGUGGGCGAUUUUCUGCACCGUGCUGGUCCUCUAUUGCUACAUCCGUCUCUAUAUGGUCACCAGGAGCUCUGGGAUAUGGCGCAGUCGCUACUCACGAGCCCGGGUGACGCUGCUAGCACACUCUCUGAUGUUGCUAAUAUACUUCGCACCCGGUUUGGUGUUUACAGUGGAGCUUGCACAGUUUGAGCGGUUAGAAGUUGAGCAUCAGCACCUUGCUGUGUGGAUCAAUACAGUGAAUCUGGCUGUGCUGAUGGUUGUGCCACGGGCUUGUGCUCCAUACCUGUAUGGCUUGCGUUACCGGGAGGUUUAUGAGACAGUUCGGCUGAUGCUGUGGAAAAGAUGGUUCAGCCAGAACCCCAGCAGUUCACCAACACCACCAGACCAUUAAAGACAAUAAUAACACAAAAAACAUGAACAUGAAUGGAAUCUACUGGUAUACAAAACAAUGCAGUGGGAUUCUUGCCUCACUAAUUUCUACUGUUAUUUAAAGAAAACUAGCCAAAAAUGAUCAUGUGGCAUUGAAAACCAGGUAGCGUUAUCUGUGACUGCUUGUGGUUAGUACCAAACCAUUUGCCUAAAAGCUAUACACCAGGGGUGUCCAAUCUUAUCCAGAAAGGGCCGGUGUGGGUGCAGGUUUUCAUUCCAACCGAGCAGAAGCCACACAUGAGUCUACUGAAAGCCAAGAUCAGUUGAUUAGCCAGUUGGAAUCAGGGGUAGCUUCUGCUUGGCUGGAAUGAAAACCUGCACCCACACCGGCCCUUUCUGGAUAAGAUUGGACACCCCUGGUGUAUAGCUUUCAAUAAUUAGCAUUUUUAAGGAAUGUGCCUCUUUAUUUUUACCCCCAUGGUAGAACUUCUCUUUUAUAUUUUUGUUAAGAAAUGCUGCUCUCAAGUCUAAA